AACACGCUCCUGCAGGUUCUACCAAAAUUUCUGCCAUCGAGACAGCCACAACAAUUCUGCCUGAUCGAUCAGAAUCAUGCUCAUGAGUGUAUGCACGAUAUAAAAGCUGGCUGUCGUCCCAUAGCGCUCCCCGAUAUCAUUCGAGAAUUCCCUCACAAGAUUCUUCAUCGCCGCCUCGCAGCAUCAUCUAGCACGGAAAAUGCGUUUCUCGUUCCUCGCCGUUGCUAUUUCUUUGACAGCGUCUAUGAUUGUCAGUGCAUGUGGCACGCAAUAUUCAGGUUGCAAAACAGAUGCAAAUUGCUGCCCGCACUACCAAUGCACAAAUUCGGCUGUGAGUAUGAGCAGAGAGGACGGCUCUGCGCGUUCAGUGGAAGUUGAGCCGGGGGCCCGAGUGUCUUUCUCGUGGUCCACUAAGCUCGAGUUUGAGAGGCUGUCGAAACGAGCGAUCAUUGCCGUUGAUGAUUGA